UAGAGGGAAAAUUAGAGAGCGACAGACAUUCGAAACAAAGAGGGAAAAAAGAAGAAAGAAAACCGACAAACACCUUCUACUCCACCAUUGUCUCUGACAGUCUGACACACUGACACUAGAGAGAGAGGAGAGAGAAAGAGCGCGCGCGACGCCAUGGCUAGCAUCUCAAGCUUGGUAAACGAACUCCGUGAAAGAAUAGCAACUUCGUCAUCAACACCUACCAACAAAGUAAACGACGUCGCCUUGGAGGCCAGAUUCCGCUCCGUUCUCCCAAAUCUCCUCAGCGGCUACGUCAUCGCCUCUCACUCAGCGAAUGAAAGAGAAGUAUUUGCAAUAUUAAAGCUGCUAAAUCAUACCACCAAGAAAUUUCCCGGCGUUUUCUACCACGGAAAAUCAAAUGCUGUUUUGCCUGUGAUUGGCCGCCUAUUGCCAUUCUUUGCCGAGCCGAGUUUUCGGGGCCGACAUGGAGUGAUUCUUGAAACCAUUGGUUCUCUUAUUGAUUUGCUCCGAAGUGGGGAUCGAGAUGCAUAUCGACAAUUUUUUCUGGAUUCUAUGUUAGUAAUAGAAGAUCUUGAGUAUAUAGCAUCGUUGCACUACAGUAAAUCAAGCACUACAGAAACCACUCAAGUGUGUUUAAAAUGCUUUUCAAAGUCAUUUGCUGAAAUAUCUGAUAGUGGAGCAUUGCUGGGCGAUCUCCCAGAAUGUAACAAGCCUGGCAAUGGGUAUGGUAUUUUAGUUGAUCUCACGCUCAAGGAGAGGUGGAAAUUAUUUUCUACUUGGGUCAUUUGGCUCCUAAGUAAAUGCUUAGCAGAGGGAACUCUUUAUGUGGAAGGACUUGUGACCUCUUCGCUUAUUUUGGCUGUGUGCUCGAUGUUAAGUUAUGAAGAUGCUGACUUGCAUAAGGCAUGUUUUGACUUCGCCCGGGUUGCUGGAAUGGUGUUAAACUAUGAAAUUGUCCCAUAUGAGAAAUUAAUUUUCUCCAUAAUAAUCAUAUUAAAGGAAGCUAAUGGAAACCUCCCUGUAUUCAGUGACAUGGCAUUUGACUCCACUAUAGGUAGCUGUCUUGAUGUUCUGCAUUCCAGGUGCCCUGCUGACAUUGUUAGAUUGACAGCUGCUGAAUUAGUUUCUGCGUUCUAUAACUCUUUGCUGAAAACAAAAAGUUGUGAGUUACAGGAUGCGCUGUGCAGUGCAUAUGUCAGGAUCUGUAGAAUUUGUCCUCCUCAUGUCUGGAAGCCGGAAGCUCUACUAAAUAUGAUUUGUUCCUCAAGCAUUUGCUUUAUGUUACAAGAUUGCUUUGAGGUGGCUAUUUCAAUUCUUGGUCCUGAUCUGGUUGGGGGAGGCACCAUUAGUGACACUUCAAGUCAUUUAGCAGCAUGUGACAAAAGAUCAGAUAGGUACAGAGUAGAGUGUAAAAGACCAGCAGAGGAUCUAGGAACUUCCAAGUUAAAGCGCCAGAAGACAAAUGAAGAAGAGGUUACAUCUGAUAUUGAUGUGAAGAGAGAGGAUGUGUUUUGCCAGCUGAAUUAUGAGACAAAAGAAAAAUAUUCUUCUGAUAUGUGUACAGCACUUUUUUCAGCUCUUGAAUCUCUGAAACCUUCAAGUCUUGAUACGAAGUCUACCAGAGACGAACUCUCCCUGGCAACUCUUAGCAUGCUUUGUAUGGUCUUCUGUAAAUUCCCAAACACCAGUUUAUCAGUAAGAAUAUUUGAGCUGAUAUAUUUGUGGGUCCCGUGGAUUUGCAAGCAGGCAGAUCAAGAUAACCUAAUCCGAUUCGACUUGUCAAGCUAUCUGGAAGCGUUACACAAAACACUGUUACUGUCAAGUUCAUUUCCUGGAAACAUCAAACACUUCUGCAGUGAUAAAAGUAACAUGGAUCUUAUAUUUCCUAUCCUUAAGCUUCCAUGGACUCAUUUUCUUGAGGUCAACAAAACCCAUCAGCCAUGGAGAAUAAAGUGCCUCUCUAUUCAAGUAUUGUGUAAGAUUGGUCCUAAGUCAGAACUUCAACUUGAUGUUAUGAUUAUGGGUCUUCAUGAUGAGGUCGAAGAAGUCAGAAUGGAAGCUAUAAUGUCUAUGCCAAUUGUUGUCCUGUCAUCUGGUUUUCAUGCUCUCCCUCCUAUUUUUACCUGGCUCAAAUUACUCGGGAAAGAGGUGCAUGAGAAUGUCAAAAAAGUAAUUCCAUUUUGUCUAGGCUAUUUAUCAUGUCUGCAGGAACUUUAUCAUAACUAUGAUGGUAGAUGUGUACAUGACUGCAAAAUAUCUUUUCACUGUGACGAAAAGCACAAUUUGCUGCUAGACUCGUUGUUUCAAGGGUUUUGGUGUUCCAAGUGUGAUAAAAAGUCUGUUCUUGCUGAUGCUCAGAAUUCCCUAAUCAUGCAUGUCCCAGAAAACAUAUGCAUAAAGGACACUGCUCGCUGUGACUUUAAUUACAUACAUUCAUUGUUCUUCAAAUUUCUAUUCGACGAGUCUUCAGAAGAGGUCCAAGUUUCCUGUAUAGAAAUACUUCACCGAAUCAUCAUGCAUGCAGAGAGAGAAGUUCUGCUAGAAACAAGAUCUCAAUGGAUCAAAUGUAUUGACUUUCUGCUCCUCCAUAAAAAGAGUUCUUUGAGGGAAGCAUUCUGCUCUCAGAUCAGCUUUUUCUUGGAUGACAAUAUUUUAAUUUGUCUUUUUCCUGAGAAGGAUAUGCCAAAUGCAAGUAAACGGAAAAUGUUUCUUGACAAAAUAGUAAAAGCGCUUGCAACAACGGAAGACACCCAAAUCGUUGAAACUUUAUUGGAGUCAACAGCUGAGAUUAUGAUGGCAGUUGAUAUUAACUGUCAGCUUUUCCUAUCUUCGCUUAUUUUGCUAGUUGAUAAGCUCGACAAUCCUCAUCUGACUAUCAGAGUGACUGCUGCAAGGUUAAUUAAACGGUCUUGCUACUUCCAUCUUCAAGGAGGAUUUGAACUAGUCCUUUCAAAGGCCACUCAUAUCCGAAAUGAACUUUUUGAGUACCUUUACCUAAGCCUUGUAAAUCGUUCAGAAAUGGUGAAGGAGUUUGCUGAGGCUGUUCUUGGUACUGAAGCCAAAGAGCUGGUCCUCAAAAUGAUUCCAGUUGUUCUGCCAAAGCUUAUUGUAUCUCCAAAGCCUGAUGAACAAUCAGUUGCCAUAUUGUACGACCUUGCCAAAAACUGCUUGAACAAAGCCAUAAUGGAUGUUCUUCUUGAUGUUCUACCUACAGUGCUGGCUUAUGCUCUUCAGCAAUCUGAUGGAAAAGAGUUGGUCCAUGCUUUGCAAUUUUACCAAACACAUACGGGAUCGAACAAGCAGGAAAUAUUUGCUGUGAGAUUAUCUGCAUUAUUAGAAGAAUUAGUGUGCUUUGUGGAUGAAAAUGACCCUGAUGAGAUUAGCCAAAGGUUGGCAAGACUACCACAAAUAAUAGAAGAAGUUGCAAAAAUUUUGACUGGAAAUGAAGAUCUCCCUAGCUUUUUGAAGAAUCAUUUUGUUGGCCUUCUUGACAGAAUAGAUAAGAAAAUGCUCACUGCAAAGAAUGUCUCUUGGCAGAAGCAAGCCAUUAAAAGAAUAGAACUGUUGAUUAAAUUGAUGGGUCCUCACCUUAGUACCUAUGUACCAAAACUUAUGGUGCUUCUCAUGCAUGCAAUUGAGAAGAAAUCCCUGCGUGGUGAAGGUCUCUCUGUGUUACAUUUCUUUAUCAAGCAGCUGGCAAUGCUGUCACCAUCUAGUGCUAAACAUGUGAUAUUUCAAGUGUUUUCCGCUCUAAUUCCGUUUUUAGAGAAAGAAAAAGACAAGCCUUUUAUGCACUUGGAUAAAAUUGUUGAUGUCCUGGAAGAGCUUGUAUGUGAAAACAAGACUAUACUAAAGCAGCACAUAAGUGAAUUUCCUCUGUUGCCUAGCAUCCCUGCGUUAGUAAAAGUGAAUCAAGUGAUACAAGAAGCACGAGGGCCUAUGACUUUGAAGGAUCAAUUGCGAGAUGCUGCUGAUGGUUUGAAUCAUGAGAACUUAAAUGUAAGGUAUAUGGUUGCUUGUGAGCUAAGCAAACUACUGAAUCUUAGGAAGGAGGAUGUGGCGGCAGCAAUUGGCACAGAAAUGGGUUUAGAUAUUACUGUUUUAAGUUCUUUGAUUACAUCUUUACUAAGAGGAUGUGCUGAAGAAUCACGGACUUCAGUUGGGCAACGGUUAAAAAUGGAGUGUGCGGAUUGUCUUGGAGCUCUAGGUGCUGUUGAUCCUGCCAAAGUAAAAGCAGCAUCAUGUCAAAGAUUCAAAAUUCAGUGCUCUGAUGAUGAUUUGAUCUUUGAACUGAUCCAUAAGCACCUUGCCAGGGCAUUUAGAGCUGCCCCCGAUGCUAGUAUCCAAGACUCUGCUGCGCUUGCUAUACAAGAGCUGCUAAAAAUUGCUGAAUGCAAUGCAUCUCUUGACGAGAAUGCUGCAGUCUCUAUAUCACAGAAGCUGAAGGCUAGUGCACUGGGGUCUAAGGGCUUUAAUGACUGUGAAGUGAUGAGUGGAAGGGGUCAACAGUUAUGGGAUCGAUUUUCUAACUACGUUAAGGAGAUUAUAGCACCAUGCUUAACUUCUCGAUUUCAUCUUUCCAAAGCAUCGGAUUCUUCAUCUUCUGGUGCUAUUUACCAACCUUCUUUGUCAUUCAGGAGAUGGAUCUUUCUAUGGAUUAGAAAACUGAUUGUGGAUGCAACUGGAUCUCGUGCAAGAAUUUUCAUGGCAUGUCGUGGCAUAGUGCGUCUUGAUAUGCAAACAGCAAUAUAUCUGCUACCUUAUUUAGUUCUUGAUGUUGUUUGCCAUGGUUCAGAGGAAGCACGUGAUGGUAUUACCGAGGAGAUUUUGUCUGUGCUUAAUGCAGCUGCAUCAGAGAACAGUGGUGCAGCAGUUGUUGCAGUUGGUGGUGGGCAAGGUGAGGUUUGUAUCCAAGCUGUAUUUACUCUGCUUGAUAAUAUGGGACAGUGGGUUGAUGACGUGGAUCAGGAAAUAGCACUUUCCCAGUCUCUUUUAUCUGUUUCUUCUAAACAUUCCAAGUUUAACAACACAAGUAGCAACUCUGUAACUGAUAGGGAACUUCGUGGGCAAUGCAAAUAUGUAUCUGAGCUUUUGGAUGCGAUUCCGAAGGUGACCCUGGCUAGGGCAUCAUAUAGGUGCCAGGCUUACGCUAGAUCAUUUAUGUACUUUGAAUCACAUGUUCGGGUAAAAUCAGGUUCGUUUAACCCAGCAGCUGAGAGGAGUGGCACCUUUGAGGAUGAGGACAUCUCCUUUCUGAUGGCAAUAUAUAGUGGUAUGGAUGAACCUGAUGGUUUAUCAGGGUUGGCAAGCUUAAGAAAGUCAGUAAGCUUACAAGAUCAGCUGCUAAUAAAUAAGAAAGCUGGAAACUGGGCAGAGGUCCUGACUUCUUGUGAGCAAGCUUUGCAGAUGGAACCCACCUCAGUUCAACGGCAUUCGGAUGUUCUUAACUGCUUACUUAAUAUGUGCCAUCUCCAGACAAUGGUCACCCAUGUGGAUGGCCUAAUAUCUAGAAUUCCUCAGUACAGGAAAACAUGGUGCAUGCAAGGAGUGCAGGCAGCUUGGAGGCUUGGAAGAUGGGACCUGAUGGAUGAGUAUCUUGAUGGAGCUGAUCAAGAAGGCCUACAUUGUAGCAUUUCUGAUAGUAAUGCUUCAUUUGACAUGGAUGUUGCUAAAAUUCUCCAGGCAAUUAUGAAAAAAGACCAAUUUGCUGUUGAUGAGAAAAUUGCUUUAUCAAAACAAGCUCUAAUUGCUCCAUUAGCUGCUGCUGGCAUGGACUCCUAUGCACGUGCUUAUCCGUUUGUUGUAAAGCUUCACCUGUUGAAAGAACUGGAGAAGUUUCAUGAUCUACUUGGUUGUCACUCUUUCUUGGAAAAACAUUUUCAUCUUGGAGACCCGGAAUUUUUGAAAGUCAUACAGAACUGGCAAAAUAGGCUAAAAUUCACGCAACCAUCGCUCUGGGCAAGGGAACCACUUUUAGCAUUCAGGAGACUUGUUUUUGGUGCCAGUGGUCUGGGCGCUCAAGUUGGAGACUGCUGGCUUCAAUAUGCUAAGCUCUGUCGCUCUGCUGGUCACUAUGAGACAGCUAAUCGAGCUAUUCUUGAGGCAAAUUCUUCCGGUGCACCUAAUGUCCACAUUGAAAAGGCCAAGCUUCUUUGGAGCAUGAAGCGGUCUGAGGGUGCCAUUGCUGAAUUGCAGCAGUCUCUCUUAAAUAUGCCUAUAGAAGUUGUUGGGUCCGCUGCAAUAUCUUCUAUAACAAGCCUUGCCUUGAUUCCCCUGAACCCAAAACUCUUGCAUGGUGAUGCUCAAGCUCCAAAUGGGAAUCAUAAUGUUGGAAAGACCCUUCUCUUGUACUCAAGAUGGAUCCAUUAUACUGGGCAAAAACAAAAAGAAGACGUAAUGAGUCUGUAUUCUAGGGUGAGGGAAUUGCAACCUAAAUGGGAAAAUGGGUACUUUUAUGUUGCUAAAUAUUGUGAUGAAGUUCUUGUUGAUGCUAGAAAACGUCAGGUGGAGAAUGUUGACACUACUUCAAGGAUGACACCUACUACUGCUAUCAUCUCUAAUAAUUUGAAUACUGAGAAACCUUGGUGGGUUUAUCUUCCUGAAGCACUUCUAUUUUAUGCUAAAGGCCUUCACAGAGGUCAUAAGAAUCUUUUCCAAGCUCUUCCAAGAUUGUUGACCCUUUGGUUUGACUUUGGAAGUGUAUAUCAGCAGAGUGGCUCAUCAAAUAAAGAUCUAAAAAAUGUCCAGGGAAAGGUGAUGAGUAUCAUGCGAGGCUGUUUGAAGGAUUUGCCAACUUAUCAGUGGUUGACUGUUCUGCCACAGUUAGUCUCUAGAAUCUGCCACCAUAAUGAAGAGAUUGUUCGAUUGGUCAAACACAUUAUUACUUCUGUGCUCCGACAAUAUCCUCAGCAAGCUUUAUGGCUCAUGGCUGCAGUUUCUAAAUCUGCUGUUCUUUCAAGGAGACAAGCAGCUGCAGAGAUCUUGCAAGCUGCGCGCAAGGGGCCCAGUUCAGACAGUAGUCGUAGUGACUUGUUUUCUCAGUUUACCAGUCUGAUUGAUCAUCUGAUUAGGUUGUGCUUUCAUGCUGCUCAAUCAAAAGCAAAGACUAUCAAUAUCUUGACUGAAUUUAGUACCCUGAAGAGAAUGAUGCCUCUGGGAAUUAUAAUGCCCAUUCAGCAGUCCCUCACUGUUAACUUGCCGACUUUUGAUUCAACUUUGGCAGACUCAUCUAAUAUCUUUUCAGCUACAGAUCUUCCAACAAUAGCAGGAAUAGCUGAUGAAGCCGAAAUACUUUCAUCUCUUCAACGUCCCAAAAAAGUUGUUCUUGUUGGAAGUGAUGGCGUUGAGCGUGCAUUCCUCUGUAAACCCAAAGAUGAUUUGCGAAAGGAUGCCCGUAUGAUGGAAUUCAAUGCUAUGAUUAAUCGUCUACUAUCAAAAUGUGCUGAAAGCCGCCGCAGAAAACUCUAUAUUCGCACUUUUGCUGUAAUACCUCUAACUGAGGAUUGUGGUAUGGUGGAAUGGGUGUCUCAUACUCGUGGCCUUCGGCACAUUCUUCAGGAGAUUUAUAUAACUUGUGGCAAAUUCGACAGACAGAAGACAAAUCCUCAGAUUAAGCGGUUAUAUGAUCAGUCGCAAGGGAAAAUGCCAGAAGAUGAGAUGUUGAAGACCAAAAUACUCCCAAUGUUUCCCCCUGUUUUCCACAAAUGGUUUUUAACUACUUUUGCUGAACCAGCUGCCUGGUUCAGAGCCAGGGUUGCUUAUGCGCAUACUACCGCGGUGUGGUCCAUGGUUGGUCACAUUGUUGGCCUUGGGGAUCGGCAUGGAGAAAAUAUUCUUUUUGAUUCCACUACAGGGGACUGUGUGCAUGUUGACUUUAGUUGCUUAUUUGACAAAGGUUUGCUGUUGGAGAAGCCAGAGCUUGUGCCUUUUAGGUUGACCCAGAAUAUGAUUGAUGGAUUGGGAAUUACUGGAUAUGAAGGCAUUUUUCUCAAGGUGUGUGAGAUCACUCUUUCUGUUCUCAGGACUCACAGGGAGACUCUAAUGAGUGUUCUUGAGACAUUUAUCCAUGAUCCCCUUGUAGAGUGGACUAAAUCUCAUAAAUCAAGCGGAGUGGAAGUGCAGAAUCCCCAUGCCCAGCGAGCUAUCAGUAAUAUCGAAGCAAGGUUGCAAGGAAUUGUUGUUGGGGUUGCAGCAGCGCCAUCUUUGCCUUUAGCCGUGGAGGGACAAGCUCGUAGGUUGAUUGCUGAGGCAGUUUCUCACAAAAAUCUCGGGAAAAUGUAUAUAUGGUGGAUGCCCUGGUUUUAAUUGCAUUCUCACAAAAAUCUUGUCAGUUUCUCUCAAAGCUACUGAUCCUUGAGGCACAAUUACCAACUUGCUUGGACAACUCUCAUGAUUCAUUUUUGCAGCGGACAAAGGUGACAGAAGAUGUGCCUGCUUGAAUCCUGUGAGUUGGCUGUAAAGUAGAAAGGGGGAGGGGGGUCUGUGGAAGACAGAUUACUGCAGAAAAAUGCAACUUUGAAGUUGGACAGUUAUACCAGGUUAAUACAAAAUGUUUAGAGCUUACUAUUGGUUUUGAGUGACCACAUAUUGUGAGAUGAUUCUCUCUCUCUCAUCAAUAGUUGCAACAAAUACUGAAGUAAAUUACAUGAGCUCUGGUUUGCCUCCCAACCAAGUCCUUGCUACUUUUAAGAUUUUACUGAAAUUGAGAAAGUUUCAAGGUUCCACGUUUUAUGGAUCACUAUUGCUGAAGGCCUGGAGGAAUAUUGCAUUGAAAACUGAGGUAGAACUUACUAUAAUCCUUAACAAGUGCAACCCUAGUCCGGAGAUAGGAUGGUUUCAACAUUAUUCCCUUCAGUUGGGCAGAUGAUGCGAUGAGUUUCUCAUGAUUUCUACGUAUCAAAUCGCAAACAUGUAUUGCAUGUGAAUCCCAAAUACUUGUAUUGUCGAGGAAAUGAGUUAAGGACUCUGUUUCAGAAGUGGAAGGCAAUAGAGUUUGAAGUGUAGUCUCUUGGAAAAAAGAACCUAGUCCCGAGAUUUGCAUAGGAUUGAAACAAGAUGGCACGAAAAUAAUAUUCGUAGAGCAUCAUGGUGAAACACUGUCAAACAGAUGUUUGUAAAGCGUGCAGGGGGGGACUUGACAGUGAUACUUUACCUAUCGAUAAUGUGUAUAUGCACAAAAGAGUAUAAUUGACUCUUUUUUUAUAGACAGAAAAGGUACAUUGGUUGAAUGAAAAGGUACCCCCUUAGCUCGAGGAUGACUACUAUGGAAAGUAAAGAAUGAACUAUUACAAGCUUGAAUAUACUAUGAAUCAGAAACUAGAUUUUCUGCAUUCGUUAUUUAUUUUGCUGCUCUA